UGUGGCCAAGAGAAAGAGGACUUAAAUUCAUUAAAUCUCAGAAGGUCCAAGGGUCUGUGUUCACAGACAUCUCGAGGCAAGAAGAAGAGAAACUAUCCCGAAUCCUCACAGCUGGAAACAACAUCAUGCAAAAACCCUGCAAAGAAAAUGAAGGAAAGCCCAAGUACAGCGUGCCAAAGAGAGAGGAAGAACGCCCCUAUGGAGAAUUUGAACGCCAGCAAACAGAGGGGAAUUUUAGGCAAAGGCUGCUUCAGUCCCUCGAGGAAUUUAAAGAGGACAUAGACUAUAGGCACUUUAAAGAUGAAGAAAUGACGAGGGAGGGAGAUGAGAUGGAAAGGUGUUUGGAAGAGAUAAGGGGUCUGAGAAAGAAAUUUAGGGCUCUGCAUUCUAACCAUAGGCAUUCCCUGGACCGUCCCUAUCCCAUUUAAUGCAUUUCUCCCCUGAAUUCAACUAUUUUCUGUUACUAAUAUUACCACCAUUGGCGUCUUUUUGUCUGCAUUUUUUUGCUAGAUAUUGCUACCUUUUUACUCCUAUCCUCCAGUGUUCCUUUGAUUUGCAUAUGACUCCUGUUACCAACGUCUCAUCUUUUGACCCAAUCUCACUCAUUUAAUGAGGAUGUUUUAUUCAUUUGCAUGGGAAGAUGCUUAUUUAUAUUGUAAAGUAAAAAUAAUAAGUUGCAAAACAGUGUGUGUAUAUGUGUAUAUAUAUAUAUACACAUAUGUGUACAUUUAUAUAUGACAAAAUGCAAAAGAAAAAGUAUGAAUUAUUAUACACCAAAAGGUUAACAGUGAACCUCUGUGUGAUUUGUACUUCAUUUCUUUUUUGGCUAUCGGCAUCUUCUCGUUUUCUACAAAAUGAAUAUAUAUGUGUGUGUAUGUGUGUGUAUUGUGUCACAAAAAACUAAAAUAAACAGACACAAAAACCUUGUCAAUCACCUUUGAAGGACAGUAAAACACUUAAUAAACUUCUGACAACAGAACUAUAAAAAAGAAAUGUAAACUUCAAAUUACCUCUGGAUCUUUUAGCCAGAGGAAUAAAAUGGCAAUUAUUACAGAUAUACUUGCUUUAAGACUCAGUCUUUUUCACAGGGAAAACAUUUGGCUCACAGGGCUGCUGUGAGGAAGAAAUGAGGUGACUCUGAGCUGUGCUUGGUGGACUCUUGUUCCCACCUGUGCAUAUAGAACCCCAACCUGCUGCAGAGCAUCAGUUAUUUGAGGGCGGGCCCUGACACGACUCACCUGUGGUCAGGAACAAGUCCAUUAGUAGGCAAGGCAGUGGGGGCUUCAUGCCAGUAUUUGUUGAGCCCUGCCCUCCUCUUCCCCUGGGUUCUGUCCCCUGGGUUCUCCCCUGCUGGGCACCUGCUGCCUCUUUUGCUGGGACCAUUGUUCUCUGCUGGCCCUCACUGUUCCUGGUGCACUGGGGUCCCCCCAGGUGCCAAAACUCACUCACUUUCCUGGAGUCCCUAGUGGGCUGAACCCCUCACUCUGUAUUCUGAAGCCUCUCUGCUUCAUGGGGACCCUUCACACAGGUGAGACUGCUUGGGCCACAAUGCCUUGCAGGGUUCCUAGCAAGACAGCCUCUUCUGUUUUCAAUCCCAGGACCCCUCCUCUGUGUUAGGGGUCGGACAUGAUGAAGCCGUUUUUGGAGUUGGACCAAGGUACAAGUUAGAAUAAAAAAAACCCCUGUAGUUAGAGUU